CCAAAAAUUACCUAGUAUACCAACAUGUACAAAAGAGCUUUUUCCACUUCCCGUGCCAGCCUAGUCAAGUGCUACUUUGACAUCGCGAUCAAUGGCGAAAAACAGCCUCGUGUGGUGUUCGACCUCUACGACAAGGUUGUUCCAAAGACUGCCGAGAACUUCAGAGCUCUGUGCACCGGCGAGAAGGGCUUUGGAUACAAGGACUCCAUUUUCCACAGAGUGAUUCCGAAUUUCAUGCUGCAAGGUGGCGAUAUCACCCACUUCAACGGAUAUGGGGGCAAGUCCAUCUACGGAGGCAAAUUUCCAGACGAGAACUUCCAGAAAAAGCACUCCAAACCGGGUCUUCUCUCCAUGGCCAAUGCCGGUCCUGACACCAAUGGAUCGCAGUUUUUCAUCACCACUGUGCCUUGUCCAUGGCUGGACGGCGCCCACGUUGUGUUUGGCGAGGUCGUUGAGGGCUACGACUCCACUGUGAAGAAGAUUGAGUCGUUCGGCUCGCAGAGCGGUCGCACCACUGCCGAGAUAAAAAUCGUCGAGUCGGGCGAACUGAAGGAAUAGACGGAACGCUGUAUAUAGUGGCAAAUAGUUUCGUUAUCCACUUGAAACUGGCGGAAUGAUGCCUACCACGUCUCCUGAUUGGAGAGCAAUGUUUUUACCGAAGGAUUCGGUGCAUUUGCGCUCGGUCUCCACGUAGUCCUCGUUGACCACGACUCCACAGCAGAAAACGAUAUAUUGAGCGAAUUCGGGCGAGUACGAGCGACCGACGUGCUGGAUUAGCGUGUUGAGCGUUGCCGGCUCUGCCAACUGUACUGUCUCGUGCGCCACGCCGUUUGUAUGUGUUUUUGCGGGCCCGAAAUAUUCGAUAGCAACUGCGACCAUACCUUAAAAAAAUAAUAAAUUUCGCAGUACGGUUUCCCAAAGAAUACGCUUAUUUCUCGCUUUCCUCGUCCAUUGCGUCCUCAUUCGCGCCCUCCUGCAUUUCCUUAAGCAGCUCCUGUCUUCUGGCCUCUUUUUUCUCGCUGUAAACCUGGAACACCGCGUGGGAACUCAUAAACACAGACGCCUGCAGCUCGCUGAAGUUCUUAAUCGAGCGAAACUGCGUCGCCGUCUUGUCGCAAAGCUUGCUCAUAU